GUUUUUGUAAAAAUGUUUUAGAAAUAUUUUAUUCUUGCUUGUACAGCAUUAUCGUGGCAAUAAUACACACAACUUGUUUUUUUACAUGAAACUUUUUGCAAUUACCUUAUUUUUUUUCUAUUCGCGUUUCAUGAUUAUUCGAAUAAAUAAAAUAGGAAUAGCUCGCAAGCGUCGUACAGUUAAAUGAACAGUAAACUCGAGAGUUCGGCUAUGUGCUAAUUGCGGUGAUUACUUGAGCACACACGUUCCGUUAUCGGUAUCUCCAGAGAGUGUAAUUCUUGAAAUCAGUUGCACUUCCGAACAUGCUCAGUCUACUAUUAAUUGGCUGCUUUACUCUCGUUAUACGCGCUGAAAUUAUUAAUUGGGAGCAAUCGUCGAGUAAUAAUGCAUUGGAGCUUAAAUCAUUUAAUGAUUCCAAUCAUCAGGGAAGGUUCUUUCCAUUAUUUAGCGUUGUGCGUUUUGCAAAUUCUCAAUGCUUAUCGAGCACCGAUCAACUUAAUGGCACGUGCUUUACAAGACGAGAGUGCACUAAUUAUGGAGGUAAUCCAUCAGGACCGUGUGCUAACGGAUUGGGCACGUGCUGCGUAUUUCAAAAGUCAUGCGGCUCCACAACCAAUAUGAACAAUACGUAUUUUGUAAGCCCGAGAUACCCCAUCACUUAUCGAGGUGGAGAACGAUGCACUAUUACAGUGCAGCGCUGUAAUUCUAAUAUAUGUCAGCUACGACUAGACUUUCUGGAGGCUACUUGGGUCCAACCCAAUGCAACUGGAUUUUGCGAUUUUGAUGUAUUUUUGGUAUCAGGAGGUUCGUCUACAGUACCUAGAAUAUGCGGGGAAAACACCAAUCAACAUGUGUACGUCAAUUUCAAUGGAGCAACGCCAAUCACGAUAUCCAUCGAUACCAACGCGGAUUAUGCGUUUGAUCGACGCUGGAACAUAAGAAUUCAACAAAUAGCGUGCGAUUCUGUGUGCAUAGCUCCUAAUGGAUGUUUACAAUAUUAUAAGACUAUCUCCGAUACUGUAAUGAGCUUCAACUUUGGUACAACAGAAAAUGUUCGAGGUACGCGUCAAUUAAAUAUCAUCGCAAACGGCAAACGAAUAUCUAAACAAAAAUCUAUUUCAGCUCCCCAAAUUGGAACGCGACAGAUGGUGAAUCAUCGUUACGGUGUAUGCGUUAGGAUGGCUUUAGGAUAUUGCAGUAUCGAGUGGUCGCAAGUCGAUAGAUUCUCCUUUUCUGUUUCUGGAGACACAGGAUCGUUUGAUCCAGACAUAAUAGGCACAGACUUGGUGGCAGAAUCUGGAGCAAGCUGUACCAACGAUUUCGUAAUUAUACCCGAUCCGCGUGAAAACGGCGUUGCAGUUAAUACAGACAGAUUUUGUGGAAAUGGAUUUAUAACUAAAACAUCGGAUUUGAAGCCUUUCAUACUUUAUGUUGUUACAAAUGGCGAUGAAAUGCAAGAGGCUCAAAAUAAAGGCUUCAGACUUUCGUUUCGUCAGCUGCCUUGCGCAGUUUAAGUACUGUGCUACACUGUGCUCUUCAUAUAUUUAAAUAUGUAUACAUUAUAUACGAUUUUUUUUUAUAGGGACUUAGUUAUAUUUUACUGUGAAUAGGCAUAAGUAUUUAUUAUGUAAAUAAAUAUCUCUAUACACAUGGCCAAUAUAUUAUCUACUUAAAUUCGCGCUACCA